AUGCCAAGACAAUUUAAACAAAAUGAUUUUCCUCUUCAGACCGAACCUAAACGAUGGCGCAUAAUCACUGUUAUAAAAUACACCAUCUUGUGCAUAGCUCUUGUUGUGAUCUCAUUCUUCACUAUUUGCCAACUUCAACUCAAUGUUCGUGUGUAUCUUCGAAACUGGAUCUCCCAUGCUGACGAUGCUUACUAUCAACCUCUUGCUGGAUGCUUCGAUAAACUACCUGAGAACAGUCCAUACAAGAAUGGUGUCAGAGAAUAUACAUAUGAUGUAGCACCAGGUAUCAGUUUAAUGGAAGACUACGAUUGCUAUGAUUUUGCAGCUACUAUCCGCACCAAACCUUUCAAACAGCCCAUGUCACCACUUGAAGAAAAGACUGUCUAUCAUGCCUACUGGAGAGCAGACAUUGCUCCUGUAGGACCUAAGCAACUAGCUACUCUGCGUUCUUUCUUUGCUACACAAAACCCAAACACAACUGUGCUAUAUCUUUGGUCUAAUGGAGACCUAUCUCCUUCACCUGUGAUUAAGCAAAUCAAAAGCUAUGUCGGCGAUCGUCUUCAGAUCAUGUUAUAUGACCCUGUUGAACUCGCUAAAGGAUCUCCUAUGGAAGGAUCCUCACAUCUAGAGUUCAAAGACGAUAGUGGUUAUCUUGACGGUGAUCUGAUUCGACUUUUGGCUAUCUAUCGUUAUGGCGGUAUGUGGUUUGAUAUGGACAGUCUUUUUAUUCGUGAUAUGGGUCCACUUCUAGAACAUGAAUGGCUUUCUCAAUGGGAUUGCUUCUUGCCUAAUGGAUUUCCAUUCAAUGGUGCUUUUAUGCGAUUCUACAAAAAAUCACCUUAUUUGUGUGAAAUGUUGAGUGAAUUAGCCUCAGGCCCUCUGCCUCGUCCUGACACGAUUGAUUGGGGAGGAUACAUGUAUUAUCGUGUCUAUCGUCGCUUAUUGCAUCAUGGCAUUCGUCCUUGGUCUGUCUUGCCUUGGUGCUUCACAGACUCCAUGGUGUGUUCACCCAAGAACUCAAUGCCUAAUGCCUUUAUUGAAACUGAAUUCAACCAAGAGAGAUUGUUGCAGACAUUUGCUUACCAUUGGCACAAUCAGUGGAAAAAGGAACCUGGGUCUCUAUUCAAUUUUUUGGAAGAUAGACACAAAAAUGUAACCGGUUGGUAA